UUUUACUUUUCUUUUCUCUCAUACUUUCUCACUUCCCUUCUCUACUUACCAACCCCGGCGUUGUCGGGCAGGUGCCAACAUAUUUCAGAUCGUGUCUUGUUUCUUCUCUAAUCAAUUUAUCCUCUAGCAACGGCGUUUGAGGGUAAACCUAUGUGGAUUGGCAGAUUGUAAUUAAAAACAAACCGUUUUUACAGUUUGGUGUUUUUUGCUCUGCGCUGUGAAGUCUUCAGAAAGCGGCAGCCUGCAUCCGCCCGUUAAAGAUUGAGAAGACUGACAAGAAAGUAGAUUUCCCUCUUCAACUCUGAGAGGUUCGAUCUGUGUCGACAGAAUGACGGCCAUCAUUAGCGAGAAGGACCAACACCUGACCACGCUGCAGGGACCCAGCAGAAAUGAGAUGAGCCGAGGGGUACUGAAGAACUAAGUAAGACGUUAUGUGAAGCGUGUAUGAAGCUCACUGCUGGAGAACUGCUGACUGUACAAAAACUUCUCCAUAUGAGAGUUGGUUAAGGACUCGGAAAAGAGAGACGUUAUCAGUCAGUCAACAAGCUGAAUGACCACUGACAUCUCUAGGUGUGGAGAUACCACGAGGCAGGGCUACAAAUACUGCUAUUAAGUACAACACAUACAGAUGAGUGAUCACCGACUUACCUCGUGAUCCUCUACAAGACUUUUUUCCCCCAUAGAACCAUUAAAAUCUAGUGGAAAAGAGACUGUCGCCGGCAAACAUGGACGGCCUGGAAGAGAUGUCGGUGAAGUGUGUUCUGGUCGGGGACAGUGCGGUGGGCAAGACGGCGCUGCUGGUCCGCUUCACCUCAGAGACCUUCCCGGACACGUACAAGCCAACAGUGUUUGAGAACACAGGGGUGGAGGUGUAUAUGGACGGUGUUCAGAUCAGCUUGGGGCUGUGGGACACGGCGGGCAAUGAUAACUUCAGACAAAUCCGACCAAGAUCCUACCAGCAGGCCGACGUCGUCCUCGUCUGCUACUCUGUGGCCAACCCUAACUCGCUGGCCAGCAUUCGGCAUAAGUGGAUGGCUGAGAUUCGAGAGAACUUGCCCAAAGUGCCAGUGCUGGUUGUAGCCACCCAGACGGAUCUGCGGGAGAUGGGGGUGCAUCGGGCCAGCUGCAUCUCAGCGGUGGAGGGGAAACGUGUGGCUCAAGAAGUGAACGCUAAAGGCUACCUGGAGUGCUCCUCCUUAAGCAACCGUGGUGUGCAACAGGUGUUUGAGCAUGCAGUGCGGACGGCCGUAAACCAGGCCAGAAAACAGGCCAGGAGACGAAUGUUCAGCAUUAACCAAUGCAAGGUCUUUUGACCUUUGACCUUAGACUUUUUCAAUAAUGCAACCCAGUGUGCUGUUCAAACUCAGAAAGGGCCUGUAGAGGUACUAGAACCCAAAGUUGUAUUGCUCCACACAUACGUAGGGUUCUUUUUCACUAACCGUGUGUCUUGUCCGCCACAAAAACCGUCUCUAAACUCAUACUAAAAAAAAAGAAUACUUUGAUUUAGUCAUGCAGAUGUAAGCUGGUAAAAGUUCUAUUUUUGGGUGAUCCAGGGAGAGAUGUGAAGAAAAGAGUCAUUAUUUGAUCUGCUUGUGAAUUGGUUUUAGAGGGGCCAUUGGAGAAAUUUUCAUUUUUCUGAAAUGCUCCAUAAAUGCUUCAAUUAAAGACACAGCUGACUUGAACUCUUUAGAAUGGGGAAAUGUGGGUGUUAGCUCAGCGAGAACCAACGGGUCCAUAUGUGCUGCAUCGGGCUCUAAAAAAGCUCAAUUAAUUCUCCAGAGAUGAUAACAUUUCAUUUGACCUGAACAGGAAACUGUCAGUAGGUUGAACCAGGCUAUAUGUUUCUCUCGGUUAUACAUGCAUUUUAUGUGCUAUAUAACUUUCAAAUCUAUUUAUAAGAUAUCUGUGUUUUUAUUGUUUGAAAUGUAUACACAGACAUCGGUUGCAUUGAAAUGAAAUUUCACUUCUUCAUGACAGUCAACAAACAUCAAUCAUUGAUAAAAAACAAACAUGUACAAAAAGUUUGUCUUGAUAUAAACUAAAUAUAAUUGAGUAGUUUGUUUUAUAAUUUAAAAUUAGUAGAGGAUUGAAACUUUUCUUUUAAAAUUCUACAAUAAAGUAAAGGGACAUGAUACAUAAACAUUAUCUGAAAUGUUUACACUUUUUAUUGAAACUAUAUGCCACAUAUAAGCAGCUUUUGUGGAUUUAAAAAAAUUGCAUUUUAAUUUUAUUUAACUGUAUACCUAUUUUAGAAAAUAUAAGAAACAUUUGAAGACAUAACCUGCUACUAUGAAUCUUGCAUAUGUCCCUGUUCCAUAUAUUAAAACUAAGGAUUCAUUACA